AUGGGCUUAACCCCUUCGGCGCUGCAGCGGAAGGCGCCAGGAGCACCAGCCGAGCUGCCCUCUCCACGCCUCCUGCUGCUGCUCGGGAGUAACUCUGCAGUCCGCGCCGGGGGCGGGAUCGCCUCCUUCAGCCCGCUCAGGAAAAGGGGGCUGAAGCUUUGUCGCAGCUGCAACGAGGACCGUAAAAUUCAGCCGGGGGGAGACCGUAGCUCCCCGGUGUCCCUUGAGGAGGCGGCCAUGUUCUUCACGGAGGAGGAAUGGGCCCUGCUGGAUCCAGGCCAAAGAAAACUCUUCUGGGAAGUGAUGGAGGAAACCUACGAGACGGCCGCCUCUCUGAGAACGGUUGUUCACGCGGGCCGUGUUCCCCUCUUCCAGAGCUCCCCGGUGUCCCUUGAGGAGGCGGCCAUGUUCUUCACGGAGGAGGAAUGGGCCCUGCUGGAUCCAGGCCAAAGAAAACUCUUCUGGGAAGUGAUGGAGGAAACGUACGAGACGGCCGCCUCUCUGAGAGACUACAUUUCCCAGGAGGACUCACGAGCGCCAGAGAGAUCUACCCUGCCUUUCCUAGGUUCCCCGGGGGCAGUUUUCCCUCCAGAUGGAAAUAAAAAUGUAUGGGAUACGCAGUUCCCCGGGGCCUCCCUCCUUUCGUGCUUCCCCUGGCUGGAGGGAGAACUUGGCCUUUGCUUGUCUGCAGGAAAGAGCUCCCCCGUGUCCUUUGCGGGGGUCGCUGUCUCCUUCACAGAAGAGGAAUGGGCCCUUCUGGAUCCAGGCCAACGAAAACUCUACUGGGCUGUUAUGGAGGAAAUGUUGGAGACCGCGGCCUCUCUGGUUGCAGAUGUGUUUGAGAAGGAAUCAGGAGGGAGAGUUGUGGGAAAAGACAACAACAUACAAGUGGAAGCACAAUCUGGGGGUCAAGCGGUACCCAAGAGACAUUGCAGAAAGAACAGGGAAUGGAAACAGAAGCAAAGGAAAGAAUUGGUGGUCUGUCAGAGUAGAAAGAAGCCUGAGGUCUCAUCCCAAGAUGAAACACAGAAGAGAAAGAAAAGGUCUAAUGGUCCCAUGAACCAGAAGGGGUCCAGCUGCCAAUUCAGUACUAAAGCACCUGAAAAAGUUCCAGCAUUCUUGAAAAGGCAUAAAUGUGUGGAAUGUGGAAAGUGCUUCCACUGGAGUCGGUCACUAACUGUCCAUCAAAGGUUUCACACAGGGGAGAAGCCAUAUAAAUGCUUGGAGUGUGGGAAAUGCUUCUCUCAAAAUGGCACCUUAAAAACACAUCAAAAGAUUCAUGCUGGGGAGAAAUCAUAUAAAUGCUUGGAGUGUGGAAAGUGCUACUCCCAUAAUAGCAGCUUGACUGUACAUCAAAAGAUUCAUACUGGGGAGAAGCCAUAUAAAUGCUUGGAGUGUGGAAAGUGCUACUCCCAUAAUAGCGGCUUGACUGCACAUCAAAAUAUUCAUACUGGGGAGAAGUCAUUCAAAUGCUUAGAGUGUGGAAUGUGCUUCUCUCGGAAUUUCAUCCUAAAGCAACAUCAAACAAUUCAUACUGGGGAGAAGCCAUAUAAAUGCUUUGAGUGUGGAAAGUGCUUCUCUCUCAUUGGCAGCCUAACUACACAUAGGAAGAUUCAUACUGGGAAGAAGCCAUACAAAUGCUUGGAGUGUGGAAAGUGCUUCUCUCAGAAUGGCAACCUAAGAGCACAUCAAAAGAUUCAUACUGGGGAGAAGCCAUAUAAAUGCUUGGAGUGUGGAAAGUGCUACUCCCGGAAUAGCAGCUUGACUGCACAUCAAAAUAUUCAUACUGGGGAGAAGUCAUUCAAAUGCUUAGAGUGUGGAAAGUGCUUCUCUUUCAAUGGCAGCCUAAAGCAACAUGAAACGAUUCAUACUGGGGAGAAGCCAUAUAAAUGCUUGGAGUGUGGAAAGUGCUUCUCUCAGAAUUACGCCCUAAGAACACAUGAAAAGAUUCAUACUGGGAAGAAGCCAUACAAAUGCUUGGAGUGUGGAAAGUGCUUCUCUCGGAAUAAUGCCCUAAGAACACAUGAAAAGAUUCAUACUGGGAAGAAGCCAUACAAAUGCUUGGAGUGUGGAAAGUGCUUCUCUCGGAAUGACGCCCUAAGAACACAUGAAAAGAUUCAUACUGGGAAGAAGCCAUAUAAAUGCUUUGAGUGUGGAAAGUGCUUCUCCCAGAAAGGUGGCUUGACUAAACAUCAAAAGAUUCAUACUGGGAAGAAGCCACAUAAAUGCUUGGAGUGUGGGAAGAGCUUCUCUCAGAGUGGCCAACUAAGGUCACAUCAAAGGAUUCAUACUGAGGAGAAGCCAUUCAAAUGCUUGGAGUGUGGGAAGAGCUUCGCUCGGAACGACACCCUAAGAGAACAUCAGAAUAUUCAUACUGGAGAGAAGCCAUAUAAAUGUUUGGAGUGUGGAAAGUGCUUCUCUCGGAAUUACACCCUAAGAGCACAUCAGAAGAUUCAUACUGGGGAGAAGCCAUAUAAAUGCUUGGAGUGUGGAAAGUGUUACUCCGGGAAUGGCGGCUUGAUUGCACAUCAAAAGAUUCAUACUGGGGAGAAGUCAUUCAAAUGCUUGGAAUGUAGAAAGUGCUUCUCUCGGUAUAACACGCUAAAACUGCAUGAAAAGAUUCAUACUCGGGAGAAGCCAUAUAAAUGCUUUGAGUGUGGAAAGUGCUUCUCUCUCAAUGGCAGCCUAACUCAACACAAAAUAUUUCACACAGGGGAGAAGCCAUAUAAAUGCUUGGAGUGUGGGAAAUGCUUCUCUCAAAAUAGCACCUUAAAAACACAUCAAAAGAUUCAUACUGGGGAGAAGCCUUAUAAAUGCUUGGAGUGUGGAAAGUGCUUCUCCCAUAAUAGCAGCUUGACUGCACAUCAAAAUAUUCAUACUGGAGAGAAGUCAUUCAAAUGCUUAGAGUGUGGAAAGUGCUUCUCUUCCAAUGGCAGCCUAAAGCAACAUCAAACGAUUCAUACUGGGGAGAAGCCAUAUAAAUGCUUGGAGUGUGGAAAGUGCUUCUCUCUCAUUGGCAGCCUAACUACACAUAAGAAGAUUCAUACUGGGAAGAAGCCAUACAAAUGCUUGGAGUGUGGAAAGUGCUUCUCUCAGAAUGGCAACCUAAGAGCACAUCAAAAGAUUCAUACUGGGGAGAAGUUAUAUAAAUGCUUGGAGUGUGGAAAGUGCUACUCCCAUAAUAGCAGCUUGACUGCACAUCAAAAUAUUCAUACUGGGGAGAAGUCAUUCAAAUGCUUAGAGUGUGGAAAGUGCUUCUCUUUCAGUGGCAGCCUAAAGCAACAUCAAACGAUUCAUACUGGGGAGAAGCCAUACAAAUGCUUGGAGUGUGGAAAGUGCUUCUCUCAGAAUUACGCUCUAAGAACACAUGAAAAGAUUCAUACUGGGAAGAAGCCAUACAAAUGCUUGGAGUGUGGAAAGUGCUUCUCUCGGAAUAAUGCCCUAAGAAGACAUGAUAAGAUUCAUACUGGGAAGAAGCCAUAUAAAUGCUUGGAGUGUGGAAAGUGCUUCUCUCGGAAUGACCAGCUAACUACACACCAAAGGAUUCAUACUGAGGAGAAGCCAUUCAAAUGCUUGGAGUGUGGGAAGAGCUUCUCUCGGAAUGACAUCCUAAGAGCACAUCAAAGGAUUCAUACUGGGGAGAAGCCAUUCAAAUGCUUGGAGUGUGGAAAGUGCUUCUCUCGGAAUUACACCCUAAGAGCACAUCAGAAGAUUCAUACUGGAGAGAAGCCAUAUAAAUGCUUAGAGUGUGGAAAGUGCUUCUCUUGGAAUGAAACCCUAAGAACACAUAAGAAGAUUCAUACUGGGGAGAAGCCAUUCAAAUGCUUGGAGUGUGGAAAGUGCUUCUCUCGGAAUGACACCCUAAGAGCUCAUCAGAAGGUUCAUACUGGGGAGAAGCCAUAUAAAUGCUUUGAGUGUGGACAGUGCUUCUCUCAAAGUGGCCACCUAAGGUCACAUGAAAACAUUCACACAGGGGAGAAGCCACAUAAAUGCUUGGAGUGUGGGAAGAGAUUCUCUCGGAAUGGCCACCUAAUGUCACAUCAAAAGAUUCAUACUGGGGAGAAACCACAUAAAUGCUAUGAGUGCGGAAAGUGCUUCUCUGAGAAUGGCACCCUAAGAGCACAUCAAAAGAUUCAUACUGGGGAGAAGCCACAUAAAUGCUUCGAGUGUGGAAAGUGCUUCUCUGAGAAUGGCACCCUAAGAGCACAUCAAAAGAUUCAUACUGGGGAGAAGCCACAUAAAUGCUUGGAGUGUGGGAAGUGCUUCUCUCAGAAUGGCACCCUAAAACAACAUCAAAAGACUCAUACUGGGGAGAAGCCACAUAAAUGCUUAGAGUGUGGGAAGAGCUUCUCCCGGAACAGCAAUCUAAAAGAACAUCAAAAGAUUCAUACUGGGGAGAAGCCACAUAAAUGCUUCGAGUGUGGAAAGUGCUUCUCUGAGAAUGGCACCCUAAGAGCACAUCAAAAGAUUCAUACUGGGGAGAAGCCACAUAAAUGCUUGGAGUGUGGGAAGUGCUUCUCUCAGAAUGGCACCCUAAAACAACAUCAAAAGACUCAUACUGGGGAGAAGCCACAUAAAUGCUUGGAGUGUGGGAAGAGCUUCUCCCGGAACAGCAACCUAAAAGAACAUCAAAAGAUUCAUACUGGGGAGAAGCCACUUAAAUGCUUGGAGUGUGGAAAGUGCUUCUCUUGGAAUGACAGCCUAAAAAAACAUCAAAAGAUUCAUACUGGGGAAAAUCCAUUUAAGUACUUGGAGUGUGGGAAGUGCUUCUCCCUUAAUGGCAGACUAAGAGUACAUCAAAAGAUUCAUCGUGGGGACCUCCGGUGA